AUGGGCGUGAUCGAUCGUCAUCGCGUAUCACCGUGGCCAGCAUUGCCGAUGGACGAGGCGUAUCGUGUCAUUGAGGAUGAGGCCACGCUCGUCACGACAAAACGCGUCGCCGUUUGGGAAAUUGAUAUAGGUGACGUGGUGGCUGAAGAUAUCUGUUCUGCUUAUAACGUCCCGGAGGUGCGCACCUCGAUCAAAGAUGGAUAUGCUGUCUUGGCCUCUGAUCCGCCAGGGAAACGCACCGUCAUUGGCUUCUCAACAGCCGGCUCGCCAUGUAAUAAAACCAUCAAUCCAGGCGAAUGCGUGCGAGUGAGCACCGGAGCUUUUGUCCCUGAUUCGGCCACCGGGGUGGUGAUGGUGGAAAGGACUAAACUGCUCGAACAUGAUGGCUCCGAAGAGUUGGUGAUCGAGGUGGAGGGGAAUACGGCGGAUGGGCAAGAUAUCAGGCUCCCCGGAAGUGAUACCUCGCUUGGCGACCUGCUCCUCGAAAAAGGAGCCGUCGUCGGCAGUGCAGAAUUGGGGAUUCUACUCGCCAGCGG